AUGGCGCCUGCAAAUCCCAAGUCUGGGGCCCCAGCAUCCUCUGCUCGUGACGUGUUCAAGCUCCUGACCCGAGGCUCCAAUCGAAAAUCAGCACCAGCGAGCACAGCCGUCCUCCCAUCCGCUGGCGCAAAGGCGAAUCCCCAACUCUACCACGACCAAGUUCGAGGCCACAAACGCAAGCGACCGAGCCAAGAUGCCGAAGCACCUGUUGCCGAAGACCUACCCGUCGUAGAUUUUUUCGCGCCCAAGCAGGACGAGGCCAAAGUCGACAAGAAGAGGCCCAAGCGCCAGACCAGUCCGGAGCGGAAGCCCGCGCAGCUGCUGAGCAGCGAUGAGUGCCGCCACGUGCUCAAGUCGCAUCGCAUCAAGGUGACGCUCAUGUACAAGCCUGCCGAGCCACAGACGGUUAAAAAGUCGAAAAAGAAGAAGAGCAAGGUUGCGGACGAAUUCGAGGAGCUGGUGGCGCAAAGCAAAAAGGGCGAGAAGAAGCAGCUGAAUCCGCAACCGUUGGAAUCUUUCUCUCAGUUGAGGGGUCAAUAUGGUCUCUCGAGACGGGUGGCAGAGAAUCUGGUACAUCAGGGAUUCCGACAGCCGACAGAGGUGCAACUAGGCAGCCUGCCCACGCUCCUGGAUCCGAGUGUCGCGCUGCAGGAAGAGUCAGGACUCCAGGAUGGUGUGGACUUCAUGGCCGUCGCACCGACGGGAAGCGGCAAGACAGUCAGCUUCCUGAUUGCUGCGAUCAACAACAUCACAUGGCGGAGAGGGAAAGGAGGAAAGCACGGGCUAGAGGCUGUCAUUGUGGCACCGACAAGGGAGCUCGUACAUCAGAUCGUCAACGAGGGCAACAAGCUUGUACAAGGCACAGGUCUCAAGGUCGUGGGCAUGCGAAGAGGCACAAAGCCGGUCAUUGAGGAGGUCAACCCCCCGGAAGACGACCCAGAAGAUGAGGACGACGGUGAUGCGGCAGACUCCGAGUCUGACGAAGACAACGCGGCGCCGAAACAAAAGAAGGCUACGUAUGCCGACAUACUCGUCACCACGCCGGGCCUUCUCAUCAAAUUCCUCUCCAAGCAGAAAAGGACGCUGUCCACUGUCAAAGACCUCAUCCUCGACGAGGCGGAUGUGCUUCUCGACCCCCUGUUCCGCGACCAAACGCUCUCGCUGUGGACCUCCUGCACCCAUCCAUCUUUACGAUUAUCGUUCUGGUCUGCUACCAUGGGCUCCAACAUUGAGACGCUCGUCACCUCCACCAUCCAGACCCGGGCGCAGUCACUCGAGACGACCCCCAAGCCGCUGGUCCGCCUGGUCGUCGGCCUAAAAGACACGGCCGUGCCCAACGUCACGCACAAACUCCUCUUCACAGGCAAUGAGGCAGGAAAGCUCCUUGCCAUCCGCUCCUUGAUCCGUCCCACCGCCAAGGACGACCUCAAGAUCCGCCUGCCCUUCCUCGUCUUCACCGAGACCAUUGAGCGCGCGACAGCCCUGCACGACGAGCUACGGUACGACAUUCCCGUUUCCGCCGGCGGCUCCGGUCGCAUCGCGGCGCUCCACUCCGGUCUCAACGACGCCUCGCGCUCCGCCAUUGUGCGCAAGUUCCGGGCGGGCGAGAUCUGGCUACUCAUCACCACCGACCUGCUCGCCCGCGGUCUGGACUUUCGAGGCGUCAACGGCGUCGUCAACUACGACGUGCCCACCAGCGCGGCAUCCUACAUUCACCGCUCUGGCCGGACGGGGCGGGCCGGGCGCGAGGGCGGCAUCGCCGUCACCAUGUGGACGCACGACGAUAUUCCCAUCCUCAAGACGGUCGCCAACGUCAUCGUGGUCAGCGAGCGGCAGGCCGGCAUGGACAAGGAAGAAGAGAGCGCCGUGCCCAAGUGGCUGCUCGAACGGCUGCCGGACGUGAGCAAGGAGGAGCGGAAGAAGCUGAAGAAGAGCGGGAAGAGGAGAACGGACCACAAGAUUACGAGCACGAGUGGUGUGGAGAGGCAGAAGGAGAACAACCGCAAGGGGGCGAUUGAGGCGAGCAAGAAGAGGAAGAAGCAGAGCAACGGGGAGGAGGCUGUGAACGAGGAAUGGGGUGGCUUUGACGACUGA